GCAGCCCCGGCGCCGCAGCAAGAACUCCAGGGGCUGAAGCGCGGCGGCGACAGCGACACGGGGUGUGCGGGGCGCGGCGGCCGGAGCCCGGGGCCCGCCAUGGGCCGCCCCGAAUGGGGCGCGCUCCGGCCGCUGGCGCUGCUGCUGCUGCUGCUGCUGCGACUCCAGCAUCUUGUGGCGGCGGCGGAUCCACUGCACGGUAGCCAAGGGCUGCUCAAGGAAUGCGAAGAGGACCAGUUCCGGUGCCAGAACGAACGCUGCAUCCCCUCUGUGUGGAGAUGCGACGAGGACGAUGACUGCUCGGACAACAGCGACGAGGACGACUGCCCCAAGAAGACUUGUAUGGACAGUGACUUCACCUGUGACAACGGCCACUGCAUCCCCGAGCGGUGGAAGUGUGACGGCGAAGAGGAGUGUUCAGAUGGCUCCGAUGAGUUCGAGGCCACUUGCACCAAGCAGGUGUGUCCUGCAGAGAAGCUGAGCUGUGGACCCACCAGCCACAGCUGUGUGCCCGCCUCAUGGCGCUGUGACGGGGAGAAGGACUGCGAGAGUGGAGCGGACGAGGCCGGCUGUGCCACCUUGUGCGCCCCGCACGAGUUCCAGUGCAGCAACCGCUCCUGCCUGGCCGCCGUGUUCGUGUGCGAUGGCGACGACGACUGCGGCGACGGCAGCGACGAGCGCGGCUGCGCCGACUCGGCCUGCGGGCCCCGCGAGUUCCGCUGCGGCGGUGACGACGGCGGCGCCUGCAUCCCCGAGCGCUGGGUCUGCGACCGCCAGUUCGACUGCGAGGACCGCUCGGACGAGGCGGCCGAGCUCUGCGGCCGGGCCGGCCCGGGGGCCACGUCCGCGCCCGCCGCCUGCGCCGCCGCCGCCCAGUUCGCCUGCCGCAGCGGCGAGUGCGUGCACCUGGGCUGGCGCUGCGACGGCGACCGGGACUGCAAGGACAAGUCCGACGAGGCCGACUGCCCACUGGGGACUUGCCGUGGAGACGAAUUCCAGUGUGGGGAUGGGACCUGUGUCCCUGCAAACAAGCGCUGCAACCAGGAACAGGACUGUCCGGAUGGGAGUGAUGAAGCUGGCUGCCUAAAGGGGCUGAACGAGUGUCUGCACAACAAUGGUGGCUGCUCCCACAUCUGCACUGACCUCAAGAUCGGCUUUGAGUGCACCUGCCCAGCGGGCUAUAGGCUCCUGGACCAGAAGACCUGUGGCGACAUUGAUGAGUGCGAGGACCCAGAUGCCUGCAGCCAGAUCUGUGUCAAUUACAAGGGCUACUUUAAGUGUGAGUGCCACCCUGGCUACGAGAUGGACACACUGACCAAGAACUGCAAGGCUGUCGCUGGCAGAAGCCCGUCCCUAAUUUUCACCAACCGACACGAGGUGCGGAGGAUAGACUUGGUGAAGCGGGACUACUCACGCCUCAUCCCCACGCUCAAGAACGUCGUGGCGCUAGAUGUCGAAGUUGCCACCAAUCGCAUUUACUGGUGUGACCUCUCUUACCGCAAGAUCUACAGCGCGUACAUGGACAAGGCCAGCGACCCGGCCGAGCAGGAGGUCCUCAUCGACGAGCAGCUGCAUUCUCCAGAGGGCCUGGCAGUGGACUGGGUCCACAAGCACAUCUACUGGACUGACUCGGGCAACAAGACCAUCUCAGUGGCCACAGUCGAUGGUGGCCGCCGAUGCACCCUUUUCAGCCAUGACCUCAGUGAACCCCGGGCCAUCGCUGUGGACCCCCUGCAAGGGUUUAUGUAUUGGUCUGACUGGGGGAACAAGGCCAAGAUUGAGAAGUCUGGGCUCAACGGUGUGGACCGGCAAACCCUGGUGUCAGACAAUAUUGAAUGGCCCAACGGAAUCACCCUGGAUUUGCUGAACCAACGCUUAUACUGGGUGGACUCCAAGCUGCACCAGCUGUCCAGCAUCGACUUCAGCGGAGGCAACAGAAAGAUGCUGAUUUCCUCCCCUGACUUCCUGAGCCACCCUUUUGGGAUAGCUGUGUUUGAGGACAAGGUGUUCUGGACAGACUUGGAGAAUGAGGCCAUUUUCAGCGCAAAUCGGCUCAAUGGCCUGGAAAUCGCCAUCCUAGCAGAGAACCUCAAUAACCCACAUGACAUUGUCAUCUUCCAUGAGCUGAAGCAGCCAAGAGCUGGAGAUGCCUGCGAGCUGAGCGCCCAGCCCAAUGGAGGCUGUGAGUACCUGUGCCUUCCUGCUCCUCAGAUCUCCAGCCACUCUCCCAAGUACACGUGUGCCUGUCCCGACACAAUGUGGCUGGGCCCAGACAUGAAGAGGUGUUACCGAGCACCUCAAUCUACCUCAAUGACGACGUUAGCCUUGACCACGAUGAGGACAGUAGCUGACUCCACAGGAGCCCCUGGGACCACCAUCCACAGCCCCACCUACCAGAACCACAGCACAGAGACACCACGCCUGGCAGCUGCAGUCCCAAGCUCCAUUAAUGCCCCCAGGGCUUCCAGCAUCAGCCCGGCUACCCCAAGCCCUGCAACCAGCAACCACUCCCAGCACUAUGGGAAUGAAGGUGGCAAGAUGGGCUCAACAGUCACAGCUGCUGCCAUUGGGAUCCUUGUGCCCAUGGGGGUAAUAGCCCUGCUGUGCAUGAGCGGCUACCUGAUCUGGAGAAACUGGAAGCGGAAGAACACCAAAAGCAUGAAUUUUGACAACCCAGUGUACAGGAAAACAACAGAAGAAGAGGAUGAAGAUGAGCUCCACAUAGGGAGGACUGCUCAGAUUGGCCAUGUCUAUCCUGCAGCAAUCAGCAGCUUUGAUCGCCCACUGUGGGCAGAGCCCUGUGUUGGGGAGACCAGAGAACUGGAAGACUCAGCCCCUGCCCUCAAGGAGCUUUUUGUCUUGCCGGGAGAACCAAGGUCACAGCUGCACCAACUCCCGAAGAACCCUCUUUCCGAACUGCCUGUCGUCAAGUGCAAGCGAGUGGCAUUAAGCCUUGAAGAUGAUGGACUGCCGUAAGGAUGGGACCACUCCCUUCAUGCCUCACGGAAUUCAGUUCCAUGCACUACACUCUCUGGAUGGUGUAUGCCUGGAUGGAAGGAUUUCUGUAUGUGGGUCUGUGUGAGCGUGUGUGUAUGUGUGUGUGUGUGUGUGUGUAAUUUUUUAAAAUUUAUGUUGCGGAAAGGUAACCACAAAGUUAUGAUGAACUGCAAACAUCCAAAGGAUGUGAGAGUUUUUAUAUGUAUAAUGUUUUAUACACUUUUUAACUGGUUGCACUACCCAUGAGGAAUUCAUGGAAUGGCUACUGCUGAGUGACUAACAUGCUGUAAAUAACCAAAUGGGGCCGAUGGUACAGUAGCUUACUCAUCAUUUAAAAACUAUAUUUACAGAGAGAGUAUUUGAUUUUGGAGGGGCUUUUUUAGGUUUGGAGUUUUGUGGGGUUUUUUUUGUAAAUAAAAUGAUUAUGCUUUGUGGCUAUCCAUCAACAUAAAAAAAAAGAAGAAGAAGAAGAAGAAGAAGAAAAAAACACCUCAACUCCCUCCCCAACUUAGAUUAUUUAUUAACAAACUUCAGAGAUAAGAUUAGUUCUAUAAAUAAUUUAGAGACAUGAGAGUAUUUAUUUUUGGUAUGACUGGCCCACCGCACAGACUCUGUGUGCAUUUUUGUUUGUCUGCAUGUGUGUGCAAGAGAAAAAUCUAGAGAGGAGGAGCACCUGUGGCUGUUAUUCAAGUACAUAAAGAUAAAUAGAUUUUAAGACAGUCCACAAGAGGGUACAUGGAGUUUUCAGAGAAGCCUUUGGAGAUUUAGCUCAGAAAACAGAUACCAUGGUUUGUGCAAACAUGUAGUGGAACAGGCAGAAUCUUUCCACCUCUGGCUAUUCCUGGGACCUGAAUCAGUCAGGAGAAGCCCUUCCGCUCACCCAUGGCUGCUGUGACCCUCACCUGAGCUUUUUCUAGUGUGGCUAAGGCCAGUGUACUGACUUUACACGGGACCAGAAGUCCUUGUGAGAUCAGAUGAGAACAUGCCUGAACCUUGGCUACUCCUGGUUUUAAAGUUCAACAUUUCAAGCAACUUCAUUUUCCUUCAGGACACUUGGGUUGAAUUCAUUAAGGUUCCUCUGAAGCACCCUGAGGGUACCUUCCUGGUUAUAGAGAGCUAAGUGGAGAUGUUUCUAGAACAGCCCAAGUUUUACUCUGGGAACUGAGUUAGGCACAGAACCCUGAGAUGUGCUAUGGACGAGGCUACAGAUGGUGGCAUAGGCUUUGUUACAUCUCCCUCUCUCCCUUCCUCUCACUCUCUACCAUUUCCUUUAGGCGGGGAAGUGUAAUACAUAGGUUUGCUGCCAUAAUGUGUUCACAUAGAUGAAACUAAUUUUGGGCUUAAGUCAGAAAAAGUGGCCAAACCUAAAGUUGUGUUUGAGGGGACAAUGGUAUACGCAAUAUUAUAGUACACUGAAUAUAUAUGUUCACACAGAGAUUUGGUUUACUGCUUUGUAAAUAAAAGGAAAAGCUCUAGGUAUAUGUACAGAUUUUUUCCCCACUGUGGAUACUCUCUUUGCUUCUCCUGGCCCUUGGGGGAGGCGGGGAGAAGUGCUCUUUUCUCUGUGGGGCCUACCAUUGAAGACAGAAUCUGACAGUCCCAGAAGCAAUCUGGUCCCCACUGGCUCUCAUCCACGGUCUUUCCUUAACUCUGUUGUUCUACCACGUCACUCCCACUGGACAGCCAGGGACAAGAUGUGACACAGAAGUGUUUGGCUUACUUACUUAGGAGCAGAGGACAUGUAUUUAACCUUAUCAUACCUGGAACUUCACACAUUUAAGAAAAUUCCUCUCUCCUGCUUCCUGGCUGCCCCCAACUCAAUGAAGCUUAGAUGUCUCACCAGCUUGAUACCCUUUGAAUUUCCAGGCAGACAUUCUGGAGUUCUAUCACCCUGUUCCUAGGACCUUUCUCUACGUCACUCAUGGUCUCCUAAAUUCUGAGAAAACAACUAUUCUGGAGCCUGGGCACUGUGUUUUGCAUAAACAAUCAAUUUCUUCAUGAUAUGCAUGUGUUGAUAGUCCUGAAACAUCCAUUAAGAGGGAAAAUGCAAUUCGCCUAGAAUGACCAUUACCAAAUAGAAUUCUAAAAACAGCUGGCCAACUCCUCUGGAACUUAAUCACUUACUACAAUUCUUUCAAGAAUAAA